GAGCGGCGGCGCGGGGCGGGCAGCGGCGCCCGCGGGCGGCAUGUCCAAGACGCUGCGGAAGAAGCGGCACUGGCUGAGCAAGGUGCAGGAGUGCGUGGUGUCCUGGGGCGGCCCGGCGGGCCCCGACCCCGACCUCCUGCGCGGCGGAGCCGAGCGCGGCGAGUUCCCCUACCUGGCGGGCCGCCUGCUGCCGGCCGGCGAAGGCGCUCCGGGCCCCGCGCUGCUCUCGGGCAAGGCGCCGGCGCCGGGGGACGUUCUGCUGGAGGUGAACGGCACCCCCGUCAGCGGCCUCACGCACCGCGACACGCUGGCCGUCGUCCGGCACUUCAGGGAGCCCGUGCGCCUCAAGACCGUGCGCCCAGGAAAAGUCAUCAACAAAGACCUGCGCCACUACUUGAGCCUUCAGUUCCAGAAGGGCUCAAUAGACCAUAAACUCCAGCAAGUGAUCAGAGACAAUCUCUACUUGAGAACCAUCCCUUGCACUACAAGGGCUCCCAGAGAUGGGGAGGUCCCUGGGGUAGACUAUAAUUUCAUUCCUGUUGAGCAGUUUAAAGCACUGGAAGAAAGUGGAGCCUUGCUAGAAAGUGGAACAUAUGAUGGUAAUUUUUACGGCACUCCAAAGCCUCCAGCAGAGCCCAGCCCCUUUCAGCCUGACCCAGUGGACCAAGUCCUUUUUGACAAUGAUUUUGAUACUGAGUCGCAGAGGAAAAGAACCACAUCUGUCAGCAAAAUGCAAAGGAUGGACAGCUCUCUGCCUGAGGAGGAGGAAGAGGAGGAGAAGGAAGCAGUUAAUGGCAGCGGAGGGAUAGAAAACAAAGAAAAACAUUCAGAUUCUCCUGACUGGAUGAAACCUGUUCCCAGCUACAACCAGACAAGCAGCUCCAUGGACUUCAGAAAUUAUUUGUCGAGGGAUGAGACCCUGGAACCGCUGCCCAAGAACUGGGAGAUGGCCUACACGGACACUGGCAUGAUUUACUUCAUUGAUCAUAACACCAAGACAACCACCUGGCUUGAUCCACGGCUCUGUAAGAAAGCCAAAGCUCCUGAAGACUGUGAAGAUGGAGAACUUCCUUAUGGAUGGGAGAGAAUAGAAGACCCUCAGUAUGGCACAUACUAUGUUGACCACAUCAACCAGAAAACUCAAUUUGAAAACCCAGUGUUGGAAGCCAAAAGGAAAAAGCAACUGGGACAAACUGAUGCUGGCCCUUCAAAAUCAGGACCAGAGAAGUCUGUCUUCACCAGAGAUCCCUCCCAGCUUACAGGAGCACUGAUACGGACAUCGCUGAAGAAAAGUACCAUGGGCUUUGGCUUUACCAUCAUUGGAGGGGACAGACCUGAUGAGUUUCUCCAGGUGAAGAAUGUGCUGAAAGAUGGACCUGCUGCCCAGGAUGGCAGAAUUGCACCAGGUGAUGUCAUUGUAGACAUAAAUGGAAGUUGUGUUCUUGGCCAUACCCAUGCAGAUGUUGUCCAGAUGUUUCAACUGGUUCCUGUCAAUCAGUAUGUGAACAUGACUCUGUGUCGUGGUUAUCCUCUUCCUGAUGACAAUGAAGACCCUGUGGUAGAUAUAGUGACAGCUACACCUAUUAUCAAUGGACCACCUGUGGGCAAAGGAGAUGUUUGUGUGGCCAGCCAAGAUUUAAUAGCAGGAGCAGUUGUGUUGGACCAGAAUGGAAAAAUGGGUCCCAUGUUGGUCAACAGUCGCCUGAAUGGUCCUUCCAUGGAUACAGCUGAGCAGAGGAUCUCCCUUGCGUCUUCAGGAGCCUCUCAGCCAGAGCUGGUCACCAUUCCUCUAAUCAAAGGCCCUAAAGGCUUUGGGUUUGCCAUCGCAGACAGUCCUACAGGGCAGAAGGUGAAGAUGAUUUUGGACAGCCAGUGGUGCCAAGGCCUUCAGAAAGGGGAUGUCAUAAAGGAGAUCUGCCAUCAGAACGUACAGAGCUUGACGCAUCUGCAGGUGGUGGAGGUGCUGAAGCAGUUUCCAGUAGGAGCAGAGGUGCCACUGCUCAUCUUAAGAGGAGGUCCACCCUCGCCUACUAAAACAGCUAAAGGGAAGGACAAGCAGGACAGUUCUGGCAGUUUGGAAGCUGUUGGUGAUGCCAUCCCACAGCCAAUGCCAUUUCCACCCACUGCUGUCCGGCCAGGCUCCCCGAAACUGGACCCUUCUGAAGUCUACCUGAAGUCUAAGAGUAUCUAUGAGGACAAACCUCCAAACACCAGAGAUUUGGACGUCUUCCUGCGAAAGCAAGAGUCAGGCUUUGGUUUCCGGGUGCUCGGAGGGGAUGGACCAGAUCAGCCUAUCUACAUCGGAGCCAUCAUCCCGCUGGGGGCAGCAGAGAAGGACGGCAGGCUGCGUGCUGCAGACGAGCUGAUGUGCAUCGAUGGGAUCCCUGUCAAGGGGAAGUCUCACAAGCAGGUGCUGGACCUGAUGACCAGCGCCGCUCGCAACGGCCAGGUGCUGCUCACGGUCCGCAGGAAGCUCUUCUUUGGUGGGGAAAAGCCACCAGAGGAGGAGGAGGAGCAGCCUGCCCUGGCACAGAACGGCUCUCCCCGGCUGAACCGGGUCGAGUUUGCCAGCCAGCAGCCCCCAGAGGUCUAUGAUGUCCGUCUGCAACGAAAGGAGAAUGAAGGAUUUGGCUUUGUCAUCCUCACCUCAAAGAACAAACCUCCUCCUGGUGUGAUUCCCCACAAGAUCGGGCGCGUUAUCGACGGGAGCCCUGCCGACCAGUGCGGGAGGCUGAAGGUGGGCGACCGCAUCUCGGCCGUCAACGGGCAGUCCAUCGUGGAGCUCUCGCACGACAGCAUCGUGCAGCUCAUCAAGGACGCAGGCAACGUGGUGACUCUGACCGUGGUGGCUGAGGAGGAGCACCGUGGGCCUCCCUCGGGAACAAACUCUGCCAGGCAGAGCCCAGCUCCACAGCACCGGCCGCUGGCAUCGGCUCAGAUCAACUCUUCCAGCAUAGACAGGGGAGCCACGGAAGGGGAAGCUGGAAAAGAAGCUUCAAGCAGCUACAGGCUCUCCUGGCCCGAGCACAAGCACUUGGCACAGUCGGACGCUGGCAUGGCUGCAGCCGUGGGCACUCGGCACCCCCAGAAUCCUGGCUGCUUCCCAGUGGAGCUGGAGAGGGGCCCUCGAGGGUUUGGAUUCAGCCUCCGAGGAGGGAAGGAAUACAACAUGGGCUUGUUCAUCCUUCGGCUGGCUGAGGACGGACCGGCUGUCAAGGACGGCAGAGUGCACGUUGGUGACCAAAUCGUUGAAAUCAAUGGAGAACCCACCCAAGGAAUCACUCACACACGAGCCAUUGAGCUGAUUCAGGCUGGAGGGAACAAAGUUUUGCUGCUGCUGAGACCAGGGACUGGCUUGAUACCAGAUCACAGUGAUUGGGAUACUUACAAUCCAUCUUCAUCAACUGUAAUAUAUGAAGAGCAGUCACCAUUACCUUCAUCCUCGCAUUCUGCUUCCUCAUCAGAAGUUUGUUAUUUACCAGUACCAGGAGAAGCUUUAACCAGAGUUCAGCUGUCUGAGAAACUGGAACAAGCAAAGAACACUGUGCCUGAAAAGAUAAGCACUUUAACUGAAAACCAGUUUGAGAUGAAGCCUCAGUCUUCUCCCCAGAGAACAAAGAACAGAUGGGAACAUCCCUCCAGCCCUGGAUAUGAAAUCACAAAAGGUGGUUUGGAAUUAGGAACCAGAAGAGACAGAUCUGUAAGCCCAGACAAGUUGGUGGCUGCUGAGGGCCACCCUCACACAGGGUUCCACAGCCCCAGAAAAGGGCAUCCUGAAAAAACUUGCAGCAACCUCUCACUGUCUGACGGCUCCAGAAGGAGCGAAAGCAAAGCCUCAGAACCAGGGCUGAGCAAAGAGCAUUCCAGUGGAAGCCAGGGAAGGUCUGCCAGUCCCCCAGGGCAUCUCAGCAAGCAAGGAAAGGUGGAAGCAGUAAGCAGGUUAGAGGAACAUCACAGCAGAGCAACUGGCGGCGACAGGACGACUGCUGAGCAGUUGAAAGGUGGCAAAGGUAGAACAGGAGUCAGCAGGAAAGAGACGAAGCAGAAGGCUUCUGGAAGGUCAGAAGAGAGGUCUCCAGAGCAUCACCAUGCAGCACCUGAAGAGGAUCAUCUUCCAUUGAGUGACUCUAGGAGACACACAGCUGAAGAUGAAAAAAGGAAGAAGUCAGCCAGUGGUGAGCCAGGCUCCAGCAGGUUCAAAGCUUCCAGCCUGUCCAACCUGCCCCUGCUGUCCACGGAGAAACAAAGGUGGCUGGAAACACAGCACGGAGAGAGACACAGGCAGCUGCCCCACGAAACCAAAGAGGAUGGCAUCUCCAAAUCUGAGAACAGUUCUCCUGUCAAGAAAACACCAAUCACUCCCGGCCCCUGGAAGGUGCCCAGCACGUGUAAAGUCACCCAGGCAGCGGGUGUGGCUGAGAACAGAGUCUGACACUGCUCCAGAGCACGGCGGGCUGCAGGCUCUGGCCAGGGUCGUCUAAAGCUGUGUUGCUUUUCAGAGUUGUUGGGUUUGUCGUUUAGGUUUCUUUGUUGUUGUUUUUUUUUUCCAGAGACUGCUUAGAAGGUGGAAAAAGUAUUUGAUUUGUUCUUAACUUAUCUGAGCUGCAUGAAGGACCUUUUGGAUUGCUUCAGUGAAACUCCCUCCAUAAGCUGCUGUCCCUGUGUCCCCUCCAGGCGGUGUCCUGCUGCUCCCAACGUUGCACUGCUGCGGCUUUCUCAGUGUUGUGAGUUCCUGAACAAGGUUAUUUAAUGCCUCUAUUGCCAAUGUGACCACGACUCACUUGUUCUUGUGCCAAGGUAUCUACUGUAUCCAGUCAAUCUCAUCCCUCUCAUCUGUUCCAGUCCCAGAAAGGCCCAGGUUGGGUUGGAAUGGGCAUCUCUCAAGAGCAUGUUGCAUGUUUACAUCAGGUACUGCCUGUGUCCUCCCUGGUUCCAUAAGGAGAUGGGGAGUUGGUUCUGUCAGCUCUAGGGCAGCCUCCGAGGCUGUGCAGGUGAUGGUUUGGUUAUUUUCUUAACUAACUUUUUAUACCUACUACAGAAUCAUGUUGAUAAAGUUCUCUUGGGCACCAUCCAUGAGCUGUAAUUUUGCUUUUUAUGAACACAGCAAAAUUGCUUUAGGUCCUUGAUUGGCAGGGAUGCUUCUUACUGCAAAGCAUUUGUCUGGAGAAAGACCAUUCUGGGUUCUGUUCAGUGACAUCUUCAGCUUCCCCUGCAGCCAUGAGCACACCUCUGUUGUCAGCCUCUCUGUGAUGCUGUAUUCUGAAGUUCCAGCUUUGAUUAUUUAUUGCUUGUUAGGAAUCAGCUUUUCCCCCCUCUCUAGAGAGAACAGUUGACCUUAGGACAGAACCAGCUGCCAUCAGAGCUUCUUAAGUCAAGUUCUUGCCUGUGUGUAUUAAAGUGUCUCAUGUUUUGUGUUGAAUGUGACCUAGGAGGAUGGAGUGCAGAGUCUGUGAGGCUUUUUAGCUCUGGCUGGGGCUAGGAUGUGAUUAACUGGAGGGAUGUGAUGGCCCAGAGCCUGCUAACAGCUCAGCCCUACAGCUGCAUUAAGGGAAGGGGAAGAUUUUAUUCAUAGGUUCAAUGAUUUCCUGACAUGUUGGGGGUUUAAUGACUGCAGAAGUGGGAAAAGGAGCCCAUUGGUCCUGUUUGCAGACAAAGGAGUGGAAAAGGUCAAGCUUUUCUUGCUCAUGGUAAAAUGCAAAUUUACUGUUAGAGAAGGAUGAAAAAAUCUCAUCUUGGCUUUGAAACACUGACUCUGUCUAAAGCUCAGUGAAGCACAGUGCUGAGGUGGGUUCCUGACAAGCACCACUCACUGACCACUCAAACUGCUUUUUAAGCAAAGACUUUGCAAAUGGCAUCAGCUUUAAGCAGCUCUGAGCUGUGCUCUGCUACCUGACAUGGGGUUACCCACUGAGACUGGCUGUGCAGCCUCACUCCUACAAAUACUCCUCGGAGUAUGACUGUGAAAUAUUUAACACUGCAACUGUAGCCUCUGUAGAUACGACCCAGGUGUUCCCAGCAGGAGUCUGGUUUGUGUUGUUGUAUGCACUCACCCUAACCACUGAGUACAGAAGCAUUCAGACGUUUAAUCAGCACCACUGAAAUUACUGCCCUGCCAUCAGCUCCCUAUUUUUUUCUCUCUGUUGACGUGACCUGAUUUAGUCUCCUACCUGUGUGUGAUCUCUCCUGCCACAGACCUCCUCCUCCCUUGUCCUUACCCUGUCGGAUGACUUAGCAAUGUGGCCUUGGAAUGCGAAGCAAUGUAUGGAUGUACUGGGUGUAAAUGUUUAUAUAUUGUACAGCUCCUUUAUACAGACUUCUGAGGUUCUGCCUAGAGAGAGACCUGUAAAUCGCUCAUUAUUUUUUAUAGAGACAUUAAACUGCAGCCUGUUGGUUCUGCGCUGUACGAA